AUGCAUGCAUUGCCAACCUUCCGCAAGUGGUGGAGGCAUAUCUCGAACGCCAUAAUGGCAGUCCUCCCACCCUUGAAUUUUUUGACUCUACACUAUUUCUAUUUUACUGCUACAUGCAUGAUCGCCAGUGUCAUUUUCUACUUGACAUCGACCUCAUGGCAGAGCGUUGCCUAUGUGGACUCCAUUUUCAUGUGUGUCAGUGCCAUGACUGGUGCUGGAUUGAAUACGAUGGACCUGUCAUCUCUGAACACCUUCCAGCAAGCAAUUUUGUUCACCUUGCUUAUCCUGGGCCAUGCCAUUCUCAUUUCUCUUACCGUACUUGUAGUACGUAAGAGGGCCUUCGAGGCAAAGUUCAAAGGUGUCUCCGAGGAGCGAGAAAGGACCCGAUCUAUUCGUGGCCCCUCGCAAGUUGAACUGCAGGUCCAGGAACCCACUCAGGGAAGCACCGGGAUUGUUCUCUCCGGCGAGAACGCCGAAGGACAUGGCUGUCACCCACGCCCAAAGACAUCCGUGCUGGUCCAAGAGAGCCCGGGAGAGCCAUCAUCCCGUGAAGAACAGCUGUGGGUGGAUGAUGAUUCGAGGAAUGGCUUCAAGGGAUUGCUCCGCGGAACACAUAAGUACAUGGCCUCCAAGGGUCUCGUGUCCCGCAACUCUCAGUUCCACGAUCUCACCCCCGCUGAGCGUGACGAACUAGGUGGUGUGGAGUACAAGGCUGUCUCGUUUCUGUCUGUGGUUGUGUUCCUUUACUUCAUCCUAUUCAUUAUCUUCGGCAUGAUCGGUGUUGGUGGUUGGUUGGAAGUCAAUGAUCCCGCCGUGACACGCACGAACGGUCUCUCGCCUUUCUGGACGGGUGCUUUCUUUGCUGUUUCUGCUUUCGUGAACAGUGGCAUGUCGCUCUUGGACACUAAUAUGACUGCUUUGCAGUUGAAGGCUUACCCACUUCUCGCAAUGGGUUUGCUGAUUCUCGCAGGAAACACCCUCUUCCCUUGUUUCUUGCGGUUCAUUAUCUGGGCUAUGAGGAUCAUGCUUCCGGAUCGACCGGCAUGGCAAUCGUGGCGUAUUACACUUGAUUUCAUCUUGGAGCAUCCUCGAAGGGUCUAUACGAAUCUCUUCCCCGCUCGCCAUACGUGGUAUCUACUCGGCACGAUCAUCAUUCUGAACGGCAUCGACUGGGCGGCAUUUGAGCUGCUGUCUAUUGGAAACAAGGACAUCGAGAGUCUUCCUACCGAGUACCGUGUAUUGGACGGACUCUUCCAAGCCCUAGCGGUGCGCGCUGGUGGAUUCUACGUUGUAACCAUUGCCAAUCUUCACCAGGGUCUCUUGGUUCUCUAUGUAACGCUGACAAUGCGCAACACAAACGUCUACGAAGAACGCUCGCUAGGAAUCUACGCGCACGACGAAUCCCCCGACUCUCCAGCAAACACAAGCCGCAGCAACGUAGUAAUGGAUCUAAUCCGCCACCACCUCAGCGGCCAAGGCCUAUCCGAGACUUCACGCGGCUACUUCGUGCACCAACAGCUCCGCUCCCAGCUCAGCCAUGACCUGUGGUGGAUCGCGCUGGCCGUGUUCUUCAUCGCCAUCCGCGAGUCGGACCACUAUCAAUCCCAGCCGGUGGCUUUCUCCACAUUCAAUAUCAUUUUCGAGGUCGUCUCUGCUUACGGAUGUGUGGGUGUUAGUCUUGGCUUCCCGGGGAAGAAUUACUCGUUCUGUGGUGCCUGGCAUUCUACUAGCAAGUUGAUUCUUGCUGCUGUGGCGUUGCGUGGUAGACAUCGAGGUUUGCCCGUGGCAAUUGAUAAGGCUAUUAUGUUGCCCAGUGAGUCUUUGGCAUGGGCUGAAGAGGAGGAUGCUGCUAUGCGGAGGGAUCGGUCUAACGCUAGGGCUCAGGAGCAUGGGCCUGUUGGGUCUGUUUAG